GAUGGCUGCGCUUUCUGUUGCGGUUGUGUGAACUUCCUUUUUUUAUAGCGGCAAUUCAAAAUUGUUACGAAAAACAGUUUGUAGAGAAUUUAGAAACCGCUGCAACGGACGAUUUCGCACAGCUGAAGAGUCUCCGUGUUGUGGUUUAGUCUUAAUUGCCUUCAGUUAGUUAAUAUUGACUGGUUGUCGGUCAAAGGAGAGGGGGGUUGCUAUGGUAACGAACAUAACCAAAUUCCUUUGCAGGUGGACGCCUCUGGCGGCUUUUAAUUCUUUUCAAAUCUUCUCAUUCAUUUUACCAAAUGCUUCACUGAAGAAGUUGCUGCGGGCAGUAUGAAAAAGGCAGUGCAGCACAAAACCACACCGGGCAGGGGUAUGUUCACCAGGCCUCGUAAUCUGAGUCCGGGGUCCCCUCUGUCUGACCCCAGGACCAGGUCCCCCUCCCCUUCCAGCCGCCCCCAAACCCCAGGCACCUUCCCCAGGGUCCUGGGGCAGAGCAGCAGCCAGCCGCUGGACGUGACGGAGGACAGUGAGGAUGGAGGAGUCGCCGAGCUGCAGAGGAGUAAAGGAGCAGGCCCGAGUCCUGGUGUCCGGUACAUCACGGAGGAUCUGAUUAAGAAACUAACCAAGCAGGACAACUUAGCCUUGGUGCAGUCUGUAAAUCUUUCUCUAGCCAAAGGUGGGGGGAAGAAGUUCAAGUUUAUUGAAAACUUUGAAAAGUGCGAGAGGCUGCAGGUCCUGCACCUGAGUAACAACCUGAUUGAGAAGAUUGAGAAACUGGAUAAACAGCACAGGCUGCAGGAGCUGCACCUGGCCCACAACAAAAUCAGUAAAAUUGAAGGUCUGGAGCACAUGUCAAGCCUUACCUACCUGAAUCUAGCAGGAAACGACAUCGAACACGUGCCAGCAUGGGUUGGGAAGAAGCUGCGAGCAAUACGUAACUUAAACCUCAAACAGAACAGAAUAUCUUCACUCCAGGAUAUCGCCAGGCUGAAGCCGCUGAAGGAUCUCACCACGCUGGCUGUGGCUGAGAACCCCAUAGCCAACCUACCUCAUUACAGAGCCUUCGUCGUCUUCCACCUCCGUUCGUUGGAGCGCCUGGACGGGCAGCCGAUCACAGACCAGGAGAGGCAGCAGGCGCACGAGCGCUUCCAUUUGGAGGUGGUGGAGCGGCUGGAGCAGGAGCUGGAGAAGAGGGUCCGGGAGAUUGAGGACCUGAAGGAAGAGCAGGCCAUGGCCCUAGAGGAGCUAGGCCAGCAAGAGGAACUCAACAAGUCCCUGCAGCAGGAGACUCAGGAGCAGAAACACAGCCACCAGGAGCUGGGGAGAGAGCUGGACACCAAGAACCAGCUGCUGAAACAGAAGACCGCUGAGCUGACCCGAGCCUGCCAAAAGCAGUACGAACUGGAGCAAGAGCUGGCUUUUUAUAAAAUUGAUGCAAAGUUCGAGCCACUGGCUUUUUACCCAAAUGAGGACUUGGAGUUGGAGAACUCCCCAGGUGAGAGCCCCUACAUUGGGAAGGCGAGGUACAAGAGGAACGCGUACGCUGUGGAGAGCUUCCUUCCCGAGGGCAAGCAGCAGGCGAGAGGCGGACGUGUGGAGAUGGACCCGGCAGGGGAGGACAACUCCGUGCUUCAGGAAACCCUGCUUGUACAGCAAUCCGCUGAAGAGCGUUUGAAGCAGCUCCAGAGAGAGAUCGGCAACGCAGAGCAGCAGAUCCUCAGAGCAACGUCCGAGCUGAAGCAGCUGGAAGAGGCGGUGUCCCAAAAACGGAUCUCGGAGGCGGAGAAGGAGCAGCUCCGACAGCAGCUGCGCAGGAAGAUCCAGCUGCUGAACCAGCUGAGGCAGGAGGCCCAGGAGCUGGAGCGGCAGAUGGAGCGGCAGAGGGCAGAGAUGAGCAGGAAGCAGGGGGAACUGGAUGAGUUGCAGAGGGCGCUGGACUCCAUGGACCCCAACAACCCCAGACAUGCUCACGUGAAGGCUCAGGUGGCUAGUAAAAGCCAGCAACUGGACAUGAUGAGUAACCAGUACCGGGACCUGGAGAACCGGCUGGAUGAGAUGCUGUCCAGAAUCGCCAUGGAAACGGAGGAGAUCAAGGACCUGGAGCAGCAGCUCACUGAGGGUCAGAUCGCAGCGAACGAGGCUCUGAAGCAGGACCUGGAAGGCAUCAUCUCUGGGCUGCAGGAGUACCUGAACAGUGUGAAGGGCCAGGCCCGGCAUGCCCAGGAGCAGUGCAUGGAGCUGCAGAGGGAGCGGGAGGCGCUGCACCACAAGCUGGCUGAGCUGGAGGAAGAGAGGAACCAGCUGGAGAUUGUUGCCAUGGACGCAGAGAAUGUGACACAGGAGCUGUCUGAGCUGCAGCGCUCCAUGCAGGAGCUGCGGAGGGAGAAUGAGACGCUGAGGCAGGCCCAGGGGGAUCUGAGUGCCUACGAGGCAGAGCUGGAGGCUCAGCUGCAGGACAGGGACACAGAGGCUAACCAGCUCAAAGAGGAGCUGGGCAGGCUGCGGCGUCUCAGCCAGAUGGAGCAAUCUGCCCUGAAGUCGGAGCUGGAGAAAGAGAGACAAGCUCUGGAGAACGCGAUGGCUCAGGCACAGCUGGCUUCAGAGAGGGAGCAGGAGAACAAGGAGAUGCUGUCACAGCUCGAGAGGCUGCAGGGGGAGAAUCACUCAUUGAAGGAGAAGCUCCAAAACCUUCAGAACCAGCUGGACCAGGCAAGGGAGACGAUGCUCCAGCCCGAAGAGGUGACCUCCCGCGUCGGGGAGCUCCGGAGAAAACUGAAGUCAGGGGUCGGUGAAAUCAGGCCCUAUAACGCAGAGGACAGUGUGGGACGGAGCCUGGCGGAGCUGCAGCAGGAGAUGAGGCAGAUCCUGUCCCGCAUGGAGAGGGAGAAGGAGGAGGCUGUGCAGCGGCAGGACAAGCUGACUCACGAGAUGGCUGAGCUCAGAGAGAAGAUGCGGAAGGCCCAGGACGAUUACAAGGCAGUCUGCGAUGAAGCAGCCAGGAUGGACUCGGAGAAGCGUGAGAGUGUGGCUCGGGUGAGGCAGGUGGAGAAGGAGCUGCGGCGUGUGCAGGGGAAGCUGCAGAGCAUGGAGGACGUGCAGGCACUGACUGACCAUCAGCUGCAGGAGGCCGAGGACGAGAGGCACAAACUCCUGGCUGAGCUGGAGGAGCGGGACCGCAAGAUAAAUCUGGAGGACUCGAGGACCCAGAUGCAGCUGCAGGGGCUCGACAAGGAACUUCGUGAUCUGAAGGGAGCCAUGGCAGCUGCUGACAAGAUGGCAGCCAGGCAGCUCUGUGAGGCCAAGGAGCAGCUCAGAUCUCUUCACGGGACCGUCUGCAAACUCAACCAGGAGAGGGCAGAGGAACUGAAUGAGCUGGAGGGGUUCCGCGCACAGGCAGGCCGGGCAGCCCGAGACCUCGGCAGGGCAGAAGCUGAGAUCGAUCUGCUCCAGAAGCUGCUUAAAGACAAAGAGAAGCAGAUGCUGGAGGAGGUGGAUCGCACAGAGGCAGGGACCCUGACAGCCAAUUCACAGCAGCAGGAGCUGGACAGGCAGGGCCGGACACUGGGCAGACAGCGGGCAGAGACCAAGCGCCUUCGAAGGCUGCUCAAUCAAGCCAAGGAGGAUAACGCUGGUGAGAUGGAGAAGCUGGUGGACGAGAUCAGGGCACUGAGGGAUUCCCUGGCCCAGCAGAACGAAUAUGUCUCCAGCCUCACUGACCCUGUCGGGAGGAGAGGACACUGGUACUAUGUGUCAUCGCCACCCAAUGCCCCGAGUACUGGAUCACAGGGAACCAGAGACUCUGGGCUUGGCUCGCAGUACCCAGCCUCUCCCAGCAGGGGGCAUAGCCAGUCGAGGCGUGAAAGAAAAAGAGAACGAGAGGAGCCUGCAGCACCUGCUACUGGAGGCUAUUGGAUUUACUCCCCAGUCAGGAACGGGCCUUGGAGAACACAUAGUCGCAGAGCAGGUGGCGAUGUUGACAGUGGAGGCGAGAGCGACGGUAGUGUCAGUAGUGUAUCUGGGCGUCCUUUCAUCCCCCCUCCCGGCUCUGUGAUAUACACUGUGCUCCCGGAUGGGGCACCCCUGCCUCAGGGCACUGUGAUCUACGGACCUCCUCCCCUAGGCAGUGUCACUGCGGUGAGCCCCGGGACUGUGAUCUAUGGGCCCCCUCCAACGGGGGCCCAGCUGGUGUACGGACCCCCUCCUGCCAACUUCUCAGUCCCCCUCAUCCCAGCUGGAGUCCUGCACUGCAACGUGCCUGAUCACCACGAGCUGGAGAACGAGAUCUCGAGGCUGGAGAGCUUGGUGGCUGAGCUGCGGAGGCAGCGACGGGAGGAGGAGAGGCAGGGGGGCUCGGCUCAGCGCCAGCAGCUGCUGGAGGUGGAGCGGCUGCACUGCGAGAUCCAGACCCUGCAACGGGAGCGAGACACGCUGGAGCGCGAGGCAGAGGUGCUGCGCAGGGCCGGCCCCAGGCGCCACAAGCACAAGGACCUGCUCGACGGCACCCUCGGCUCUCUGGUCACCGAGCUGGAGAUGGAGACGUCUCUGAGGCAGCACGGUGAUAUUGUGGAUGAAAUCGAGUGCGUUGAGAAGACUCUGCUGAAACGGAGGGCUGAGCUCAGGGAGGCAGACCGGCUCCUCAUGGAGGCCGAGAGCGAACUGAAGAGCACCCAAGCGAGGACUAAAGACACUAUCCAGCAGUACAGCGAUGCGAAGCGGCACCUGGCAAAUACAGAGAAGGACGCAGAGGAACUGGAGAACCGUGCCCAGGAAACCGCCACCGAGCUGGUGAAGGCCAGCCAGCAGCUGAGGAUUGUACAGGCUGAUCUUCAGGAGCUGGAGCAGCACAAGGGUGAGCAGCAGGGCAUCCUUCAGGAGAUCAACGCAGUGGUGUCAUCCAGAGACUCCGACUUCCAGGCUCUCAAUCACAAAAUACACGACAUCACUGAGAGCCUGGAGAAACUGCAUGCAGAACUGCAGCUGGCUGAGAGCAAGGAGGAGAAACAUCUGGAGACGCUGAGGGAGGCAGAGAGACUUCUCUCCAGCAGAAGGAGUGAGCUGGAAAAGCUCAACAACGAGGUGCACUUGCAGCAGGAGGAGGUGAUGCUGCUGGACCGGAGGCUGGGCAAGAAGAAGGAGGAAGAGCGCCUCCUGCAGGAGAGUGUGGAGCACAGGAGAGCCAGUCUGGCAGGGGUGCUGCGAGAGGGGGAGGGGGAGGUGCUGGAGAAGCAGCGGCAGAUCAAGGAGCUGACCGUGGAGCUGGAAGCCCUGAGUGCACAGAAAGGAGAGCUGAGCGCUCAGCUGAGCGAGAGAAGGUCUCAGCUCUCCCUGCUCAAGCAGGAGGUGCUGAGAGAGGAGGAGAGCCUGCAGAGUGCUCUCUCUCAGGUCAACAAACACAAAGCAGAGCUAAAGCACGUGUUGGAGAUGCUACAGCUGGAGGACAAUGAGCUACAGGGUGUCAAGAUUCAGCAUGACCAGAAGAUGAACGAGCUGGAGAAAACGCAAGUGGCACUGCUGCAAGAGAAGGUGGAGCUGCAAGCCCUGCAGCAGGCAGCCCAGCGGCAGAGGGCCGAGGGGGAGAGGCACAGGCAGCUGCUGGAGAAGGAGAGGCAGGAGCUGGAGGGGCUGAGGCAGGAAGCUCACAGCCUGCAGGACAGCAUUGACUCGCUGAGCAAAGACAAGAGCCAGCUGGAGGAGAAGUGCCACAGCACGGCAGCCAAGCUCGCCCAGUCCCAGAGAGCUCUGACGGCCACUGAGGAAAGCUGCAGGGCGGCUCUGUCUAAACUGGAGGGUCUGGGGUCUGAGGCGUCCCAGGUGAGACAGGAGGUGAACCAGGGAAAGAGCCUGAGACAGGAGCUGAGCCGGGAAACCACAGCCAUCCAGCAGCAGCUGCAAGAGAAAACUGAAGAGCUGACAUUGUUGAAAGAUGACCUUCAUGACACAAGAGAACAGCUCCAUCUGGUGGAGGAGGAUCUAAGAGCUGCCACUAGGAGGCGUGACGAGCUGCUGUCCGAGCAGGCAGCGCUGAAGGAGUCCUUGAGCCACAGUGCUCAGAAAUCCCAGGAGAGCCAGUGGAGGGAGGAGAAGCUGAGCCAGGAACUGCAGCACCUCCACAGGGAGAUCGACGACCGGAGAGCCAAGGUGGACCAGCAACAAAAGAGUUUGCAGGCUCUGCGGAAGGAGAUGGCGGAAGAGGAAGCGUCCCUGCAGCGGAGAAUCGAGUCCCUGCGGAGCCAGCUGGGAGCUGUAGAUGCCGCUCUGACUGAGAGGAGCAGCCAGCUGGAGCAGGUCACAGCCAGGGUGUCUGAGCUGGAGGAGCAAGGCAGGGCACUGCAGAGAGACCAGGAGCAGAGUGCACUCCUCCAAGACAGGCUGGCAGACAUCAGACAGCAGCUGUGUGAAAGAGAAGCCGAGGCCCAGCGGAACGCUCAGGAGUCCCUGCUGCUGCGUGAGGAGGUGGAGAGGCUGCAGGAGCAGCUGGGCUCGGAGAGGAGGAGGGCAGAGAGGAAGGGGGCAGCCCUGCGAGCGGAGAACGACUCCGAGAGAGGCCAGGCUGAGAAGGCACUGCACGAACAGCAGCAGGAGACGGGGCGUCUGCAGCGAGAGCUGGCUGCGGUGGAGCAGGCAGCCCACGAUAACCACGAGAGAGCACGGAGCCUGCAGAAAGAGCUCAGCGCCGCCAGACAGGAGCUGCUGCAGCUCAAGGACAAGCUGCGGAGCCAGGAGGAGGUGGAGCAGCGGCAGCGGGAGAUCAGGGAGGCCAUGCGGUCUCUGCGCUGUGAGAUCAAGGCCGAGAUCAGAGAGCUGGAGCCGGGCUACGCUCAGACGGACAGCCUCAAGGAGAAUUACCAAAACUCUGCCAAUAGGGGGAGCCAGCUGCUGCUGCGCGAGGAGGACAGCAGAGGCCAGCCCCGCUUCAACCUCAAGGAUGAACAGUGGCGAGGGGAAGCACAGAGAGAAAAACUGCGGCAGCAGGAGGACCAUCUGAAGGCUCAGCUGCGCAAGCGCAUGUGGUCGCAGGCGGAGGCUCUGAGCCAGCACAGGAAGCAGACCGAGGGCAGCCUGCACAGCCUCAAGAGACGAGUGGACGCACUGGACGAGUUGGUCAGCAACACCGCCGUCCAGCACCACCCUGGAGACCACCAGCUCAGAAGCAGCCGGUCUCCGCAGCGUGGGAGUCUUAGCUCCCCCAGCAGGAGAGCGCCAGGUACUACACCCCGAUCACACAGCAUCCUGGGUCUCGAGUCCACAGGGGUGAUCCCAGAGAGGGAUGCAGGAGGCAGCUGGUGACACAAUUACCUACAUGGCAGACCAACUGUGAACUGAAGAGAUCCCCCUGCUGCCUCAAUCUUUCACAUCUUCCUUACAAAUACAGCAGUUUUACCUCCUUACCUCCAGCUGGCCUGAGGUUCUUUGGUGUGCCAGGGAUAGCUGAACAGAGGCACCAACAUCUCAUUUCAACAUUAUUUAUUAAAGAAACAUGAAAAAGACCUGAAUUUGAAAACGCAAAGAACAAUGCUGUUAGCAAACUAUUUUGCUUCCAAGUGUAUGUGGCACACUCGGAUAAGUUAAUGUCAGUGCCCCGUUGUCGUCGUGCCAUCUGACUGUGCAUAGAAAAUAAGUGAAGUGUUGGAAUCACAGCAUGAUUUCUCUGCAGUCGUUGGGCUACAUAACGUCCAUAACUGUGGCUGUGCUAUGCAACCAACCACUGCAGUUUCUCUGCAAGUAGUUUUUGUACAAAUUGUAAAUUAUUUUUAAUGCAGGUUUAUAUAAAUAAAUAUUAAUUAUUUUUAAGUGAUUUGUACUGUAUGUACUGCUGGUGCAUUUUAUUGCACUACACAAAUAUAUAUAUUUUUUUAUAUAUAUGUGCAAAGCAUUCUCUUAACUAAAACGUUUUAACAUUUACAGAUGUUUCUUUUUGAUUUUAUUAAUUGAUGUCAGUAUGUGGUACUCUGAAUGGGCCUUUUGUAAAAAGGAAGUCAUGAAUGACAAGCUCUGCACCACCCUCUCCUCAGGCUGAACAUCCAUGUCUGCACAUUCAUCUUUAAUGGAACACUGGACCCAUCCAUUAACAGUUAAAUUGUAUCAAAAAGCUAAACAAAAAACCCUUUAAUGAUAACGUUUUCUAAAUGCAUAUAUUACUAUGUACAGUAAUAUGUGCAUACCUAGUAGUUGAAGAGUUUUUUUCUGAAUGCAUCGAUUGCUGAUUUGGUUACCUGUCCGCUAUACACAAUAAGGACACUGGCUGCAGCUGCUUUUGCACAGUCCUGUAUAAAAACAGGUCUUGGGAAAUGAAAGACCAACAGAGUGAUCUAGAUACAGGUACUUUAUUUACAAAUAUUCAGAUUAAUAGCAAUUUUGUUCCAUCAAAUGAAAAGUACAGCAGUCCGAAGAAAGUUGGUUUGUCACCGAUAUAAAUAACAAGACCUAUUGUAAGCGGUUUAAGAGUUAAAAAAAAACAUUAAUGAGAAAUAGAAAAAAAAGAGAUAUAGAAACAGAAAACCAAGCACACAUUUAAUGACUUCAGCCAAUUUCAAUGUCUUUUGAGUUGGCUUUAUAAUGACUAUUUCAUAUAAAUAUUAUAUAUUUAUGUUAGCAGGCUGUGGUCCUUGAGUUGGGCUGUUUAAUAAAUCAUUAAAAAGUGAUAUUUUUUUAAUAUAGAUUUCAUAUAUGCUCCCAAGACACGAGCUGUAAUUAAAGUUUGGUUUAACAUUACUUGCAUCUACUUCAAUAAAAGGGCACAUGCUCCGACUAAACAAUACGAAGAACAAAACAGAGCAGAGGGAAAGUUCCUGAGGAACUACAGAGUCCAGUUUUGGCCUUUACAUAACAUGCCGUGUCCCGGUACCACAUCAAACAAAAAUGCUUUCGCUUAGUGUCAAAAUUAUCUGUGUUUUUUUUUUUUUUUUUUUUUUUUUAGGACUUUUGUUAUUUUUAAGCGCAAGCUCCCAUGCUUUUUACUAAUUUCUACAGGGCCAAGCAGCAAUGUGCCCAGAGUUUAGGGCAAACCAAGGACUGCGUUUACUAAAGCCAUGAUAAAGAAAAAGGUUACAUUUCAUUUGAAAAUACAGUAUGUCAAAACGCAUUCCAAUUCAGAGACGGUAAAUACAAAUUCCAAACGGUUAAGAGAAAGGUAGUACCAAGGCAGAUAGCUGGUUACGUAUCAUGUUUAAUGUUUGCUUAUUAAUAAUUGCACUCAUUAAAAAUAAAAAUGAAUGGACAGUACCCUCUUUAAGACCUCUGCUAUGUCACAUUAACCUCUUACUUCUCCUCGCAUGUUGCGAUGUGAUCUUUCCACCCUCAACAGACACCAAAUUUAUUAAUUAACUACAUAUAGAGUGGGGGGGGGGGGGGGGG